GCCGCCGCCGCCGCCGCAGCCGCCGCCGGCGGACCCAGCGCUCCGCUCCGCUUGGGUGCGCGCCGCGGCCAUGCAGCGCCGGGGCGCCCUGUUCGGCAUGCCGGGCGGCAGCGGCAACAGGAAGAUGGCUGCAGGAGACAUCGGCGAGCUGCUGGUACCCCACAUGCCCACGAUCCGCGUGCCCCGGUCCGGGGACAGGGUCUACAAGAACGAGUGCGCCUUCUCCUACGACUCCCCCAAUUCUGAAGGUGGACUCUAUGUAUGCAUGAAUACAUUUUUGGCCUUUGGAAGGGAGCAUGUGGAAAGACAUUUUCGAAAAACUGGACAGAGUGUCUACAUGUACCUGAAGAGACACGUGCGUGAGAAGGUAAGAGGGGCAUCUGGUGGAGCUUUACCCAAAAGGAGGAAUUCCAAGAUUUUUUUAGAUCUAGAUACUGAUGACGAUUUAAAUAGCGACGACUAUGAAUAUGAAGAUGAAGCCAAACUUGUUAUAUUCCCAGACCACUAUGAAAUAGCACUACCAAAUAUUGAGGAGUUACCAGCCCUGGUAACAAUUGCUUGUGAUGCAGUUCUCAGCUCAAAAUCUCCAUACAGAAAGCAGGACCCAGAUACGUGGGAAAAUGAAUUGCCAGUGUCCAAAUAUGCAAAUAACCUCACCCAGUUAGACAACGGAGUCAGAAUUCCUCCAAGUGGUUGGAAGUGUGCCAGGUGUGACCUGCGAGAAAACCUCUGGUUGAAUCUGACCGACGGCUCUGUGCUGUGUGGGAAGUGGUUCUUUGACAGCUCCGGGGGCAACGGGCAUGCGCUGGAGCAUUACAGAGACCUGGGCUACCCUCUAGCUGUGAAACUGGGAACCAUCACUCCUGACGGGGCAGAUGUUUAUUCUUUCCAAGAAGAGGAACCUGUUUUGGAUCCCCAUUUGGCCAAGCACUUAGCGCAUUUUGGAAUUGAUAUGCUUCAUAUGCAUGGGACAGAGAAUGGGCUCCAGGACAAUGAUAGCAAGCCGCGGAUCAGCGAGUGGGAGGUGAUCCAGGAGACGGGGACGAAGCUGAAGCCCAUGUACGGCCCCGGAUACACGGGUCUCAAGAACCUGGGCAACAGUUGCUAUCUCAGCUCUGUGAUGCAGGCCAUCUUCAGCAUCCCAGAAUUCCAGAGAGCAUAUGUAGGAAAUCUUCCAAGAAUAUUUGACUACUCUCCUUUAGAUCCAACACAAGAUUUCAACACACAGAUGACUAAGUUAGGACACGGCCUUCUCUCAGGCCAGUAUUCAAAACCUCCCAUGAAAUCCGAGCUCAUUGAACAGGUGAUGAAGGAGGAGCCCAAGCCUCAACAGAAUGGGAUCUCACCACGCAUGUUUAAGGCCUUUGUGAGCAGGAGCCACCCGGAAUUCUCCUCUAACAGACAGCAGGAUGCCCAGGAAUUUUUCUUGCACCUGGUGAAUCUAGUAGAGAGGAACCGCAUUGGCUCAGAAAACCCAAGUGAUGUUUUUCGGUUUUUGGUGGAAGAACGUAUUCAGUGCUGUCAGACCCGAAAAGUCCGCUACACGGAGAGGGUGGAUUACCUGAUGCAGUUACCUGUGGCCAUGGAGGCGGCAACCAACAAGGAUGAACUGAUCGCCUAUGAACUAACGAGAAGGGAAGCAGAAGCAAACAGAAGACCCCUUCCCGAGCUGGUUCGUGCCAAGAUACCAUUUAGCGCCUGCCUUCAGGCCUUUUCUGAACCAGAAAACGUUGAUGAUUUCUGGAGCAGCGCCCUACAAGCAAAGUCUGCGGGUGUGAAAACAUCUCGCUUUGCCUCAUUCCCUGAAUACUUGGUAGUGCAGAUAAAGAAGUUCACUUUUGGUCUUGACUGGGUUCCCAAAAAAUUUGAUGUUUCUAUUGAUAUGCCAGACCUACUUGAUAUCAACCAUCUCCGAGCCAGGGGGUUACAGCCAGGAGAGGAGGAACUUCCGGACAUCAGCCCCCCCGUAAUUAUUCCUGAUGACUCAAAAGAUCGCCUGAUGAACCAGUUGAUAGACCCAUCAGACAUCGAUGAGUCAUCGGUGAUGCAGCUGGCUGAGAUGGGUUUCCCUCUGGAAGCGUGUCGGAAGGCUGUGUAUUUUACUGGAAAUAUGGGAGCCGAAGUGGCCUUCAACUGGAUCAUUGUUCACAUGGAAGAGCCAGAUUUUGCCGAGCCGCUGACCAUGCCGGGUUAUGGAGGAGUAGCUUCUGCUGGAGCCUCUGCUGGACUGGAUAACCAACCUCCGGAGGAAACUGUAGCUCUCAUUACCUCCAUGGGAUUCCAUCGAAAUCAGGCUCUUCAGGCGCUACGAGCAACGAAUAGUAACCUGGAAAGAGCACUGGAUUGGAUCUUUAGCCACCCUGAGUUCGAGGAGGACAGUGACUUUGUGAUCGAGAUGGAGAAUAACGCCAACGCGAACAUUAUUUCUGAAGCCAAGCCUGAAGGACCUAGAGUCAAGGAUGGAUCUGGAAUGUAUGAAUUAUUUGCGUUCAUCAGUCACAUGGGGACAUCUACAAUGAGUGGACACUACGUUUGUCACAUCAAAAAGGAAGGAAGAUGGGUGAUCUACAAUGACCACAAAGUUUGUGCCUCAGAAAGGCCCCCUAAAGACCUGGGCUACAUGUAUUUUUACCGCAGGAUACCAAGCUAAACCUCAGACGUACAAAUUGGCGAGAAGAAGCCAUACACCUUUUUAAUUUGCCAAAAAAAAAAAAAAAAAAA